UGGUUUGAAUGAGCACAGAAAGCUGGCAGCUGUGCAGAUCAGACAUGAAUCUCAGCAACAAUAGUUGUCCUGACAAGAUGGAGGAGCAGAAGCUCCACAUUUCCUCCAGAGCGUCAUCAAGUGGGAUGUUCUUCCAGGUGCUGCCCACAUACCUGCUGGCUGGACUGGGCAUGGUGACGGCCGGCAUGCUGCUGGACCAUGUGCAGCACUGGGAGGUAUUCAAGGAGGUCUCAGAGGUUUUUAUCUUGGUGCCAGCCCUGGUGGGGCUGAAGGGCAAUCUUGAGAUGACAUUGGCAUCCAGACUGUCAACAGCAGCCAACACAGGGCUGAUGGAUGAUGCUCAGCAGCAGUGGAGGAUGGUGUUCUGUAAUCUGGCUCUCAUUCAGGUCCAGGCCACAGUAGUUGGCUUCCUGGCAGCUGUUGCAGCGGUGGUUCUCGGGGGUCUGACCAAGGGAAGGGUGGAUGUCAUCCAGGCUGCUGUCCUCUGUGCCAGCAGCGUCACUACUGCUUUCAUCGCUGCGUUGUCUCUAGGUGUGGUGAUGGUGGCAGUGAUUAUUGGAUCCAGGAAAGUGGGCAUCAACCCAGAUAAUGUGGCCACACCACUUGCUGCCAGCCUGGGAGACCUCAUCACUUUGUCUCUGCUUGCUGGUGUCAGCAGCCUCUUGUUCUGUUACAGAGACAUUUGGUACCUGCCUCCUGCGGUGUGUGGCUUCUUCCUGCUCCUAAUCCCAGGGUGGGUCAUUAUUGCCCGUCGCUCUCCACCAAUCAGCGAGGUCCUGAAGUCAGGCUGGCAACCAGUCAUUUUGGCCAUGUCCAUCAGCAGUAUUGGUGGACUGAUUCUGGAUAAGACAGUGAGCAGUCCAAACUUUGAAGGCAUGGCAGUGUUUACUCCUGUCAUCAAUGGCGUUGGGGGAAAUCUGGUGGCUAUCCAGGCCAGCAGGAUGUCCACCUACCUCCACUACUGGAGUGUUCCUGGGGCUCUUCCAUCUACAAUGAGUGUGAAGUGUCCUGGACCUUGUGCUGCCCUCUGCUCCUCAGAUGUGAACUCCAAAUCAGCCAGAGUUCUGGUCCUUCUGGUAGUCCCGGGUCACCUCCUCUUCCUGUACGCCAUCCACCUCCUGCAGGGAGGCCAUACUGCCUUGACGCCCACCUUCAUCAUCUGCUACCUGUCUGUGGCUCUGCUUCAGGUGGUGAUUUUGCUGUACGUGGCCAGCCUGAUGGUGCGAUGGCUGUGGCGAAGGGGACUGGAUCCAGACAACUUCUCCAUUCCUUACCUCACAGCUCUGGGUGACCUGCUGGGGACUGGUUUCUUGGCUCUGAGCUUCAGACUAAUGCUGACUGUCAGUUCUGCUGGGACUGGAGUUUAACACAGACACUUGUUCCCUCACACCCUGAGUGUACUGUUCCCUUUAUGCAAGAGACUGAAACACACUUGCAAAGCUCACUGGAUUUAGAGAGGAAGGUGAAUAGGUACAGUAAGUAUGAUGUUGUCAUGAAGUACGCCUCAAUACUGAGCGUCCAAUAGGACAGAAUCCUCUUUUUUUGCAAGCAGCAUAUCCAAUUUAUAUUUUGUUGACAAAUAAUUACACAAAGAAUAAUUUAAUUUGCGCAAACACAGAUCUAAUCUGGGCUCAGUGAAUGCAUCUGUGUGUUUGCUAUUAUCCAUAUAAGGGGACAGUAAUACUCAUUUGCGCUCUUAUUUCCUGCUCUGUGUGCUCUUCUUGGACACCUGCUCACUGUGUCUCUCUCAACAUCUCUGCUUGCCUCAGCCUGACACAGUGUUACUGUGUGUCCUCACAGAAAGCGAGAGGGAAACCACAGAAAGAACCAAACUUUCUGUUGAGCUCAGUCAGAAGCUUGAUAGCUUAGCAUUUCCCUGGUUCCUUCAAAAAGCUAAUGGGAUUUUUCCAUUGGAUUUUGGAUUAUUGCAGAAAAUAAGCUCUGUGGCAAACAAAAGUUUAUGAUACUUGCAUGUUUUGCUCAGCAAGAUAGCCUUUUCAAAGGAACACUUUACAAUUUUUGACGUGUAAAUGUUAUUGGAAGAAGUAAAAAGCUAACGUUAGGCUAUAAACUAAAUAUACUACUGUCGUCAUUGGCGCAAAGCCACUUGAUAGCAACUGUCUUCUUUAAAGACACGUAAAAUCUUCAAAAUUCACGAGUGGGGUAUUUACUGCUGUAUUUUGUUGUCAAGCAAAAUGUGAAAAUCUCUCGUGCUUAUAUUAACCACAGACCAUAUUUCAGCCAUCUAACCAAAAACCCAUUCAAAAAACCUAUUGACUUUGAGACAUGGGAACCUGAAAUGCAAAAAUGGUAGCUCAUUUAAAUUAAAAAUAAGAUGUAGCACACGGUCCAAUAAAAACGGUUUAAAACUGCAUUAAUGAUUAUAAUGCCUCGGCUGAAUAUUCAAGUUAUUAACUUAAUUAGGUACUGUUUAUCUGGCAAAGCGGAGAAUUACACAGGAAAUGAGCAAAGGUACUGGAGAUUAUUCUUGUGUGCUUACACAGAUAACAGCAAACACAGAAUUUAUUUUCUAAUCCAACUUUUCUGCUCUCAGAACCCUUCAUGCUCAGGACUGAGGCACAAAGCUAACAUUGUAGAUAAGGGGCUGCAAAAACAAAAGUGGAAACAACCUGGCUCAAAAUAGAAGAACAAAGUUAGGAAAGUGUGUCCUUAUUUUGCACUUUGGUCUCCAUAUUUGCCAGCUCACUGUGGUCAAUAGUUGCACUGGUCUCCACCCAGCUUGGCUCUGUAGAAACAACACCACCUAUCUAAAAUGGUUACAAAUACUGUAGGACCACUCUGUUGUAAACUGUUGACACAUCUGUACACCUGUUGUCAGCUCUUAAAUGUUAGAUGGCAAAUGAUUGUAUUACGGCAAUAAUUACAUAUAACUGUAGUGUAAAUGUAUAUUAACACAAAUCAGAUGCUGCACUGUCUGGAUGAAUGUUAGAUUUGAUCAUUUUCAUUUUAUGUAGGUUUGUGCCUUUAAACCGUGAUAAGCCUUCAGUUCUCUCAUGUGGGUUUUGUGUCUCCAAAUUUCUACUGGUAUUUUACUUUUUGUGCAGCACAGUACAACUGAAUAUAGCCUGUUGUACUUCACUGUCUCUAUGUUAGUCUGUGUUCCAGAUAUUGACAAUACAGAUAUUUCUUUGUGCUAUUUUUGUGAACAAAUGAUUUAGUAUGCAAGUCUCCGUAUGGGGGCAUUUUCAAUUGUUUGAUAUGCACUUUUAGAAAGAUGCUUGUCUUUACUGAUCUG